CUCAGACAUGCAACAGCGAUGCGAUGAAGCGGACCAAAAAGAAGCCACCAGCGUGACAGCAUAAAAGCAGUGGCCAUGGCUAUUAACCAUGAAGCUGGAGCCUGAUCAGCCAGUCUCUUCCAGUCAAACCAAGCUUCUCUGGUGCUACACUAAACGGACACUCAGAAUAUGUCAACCGAGCAUGAGAAAGCCCAACGGACUGCUUAACACUUGCUGUUCCAUCUGAGUAGGAGGUGGCAACAAAAGACCAAAUGCCAUGGAUGCAUUCAAUUUCACAUAUUGGAAUGCCUCUGAAGGCAAUGACACAGAAGUUGUGGAAGAGAGCGAAAGCGCCUACAAGACUGUGGAGGUGGUGUUCAUCGUGUUGGUGGCUGGUUCCCUCAGUUUGGUUACAGUUAUUGGAAAUAUCCUAGUCAUGCUUUCCAUCAAAGUUAAUAGGAACUUACAAACUGUCAACAACUACUUUUUAUUCAGCCUUGCAUGUGCUGAUCUCAUUAUUGGACUGUGCUCGAUGAACCUAUACACAGUCUACAUAGUGAUUGGCUACUGGCCCCUGGGGCCAGUGGUGUGUGACUUGUGGUUAGCAUUGGACUAUGUUGUCAGCAAUGCAUCUGUCAUGAAUCUUCUCAUCAUAAGCUUUGAUAGAUACUUCUGUGUCACCAAGCCCCUCACCUACCCUGUCAAAAGGACCACCAAAAUGGCAGGAAUGAUGAUUGCGGCUGCCUGGGUCCUGUCUUUCAUCCUAUGGGCGCCUGCUAUUCUCUUCUGGCAGUUCAUUGUUGGUGGGCGGACAGUGCCUGAGAAGGAGUGCUAUAUCCAGUUCUUUUCCAAUGCUGCCGUUACUUUUGGCACAGCCAUUGCCGCCUUUUACCUACCUGUCAUCAUCAUGAUUCAGCUCUACUGGCAGAUCUCCAGAGCAAGCAAGAGCCGUGUGAAGAAGGACAACCGGAAGCCAUCAGGAGUAAACCCUGAAUCUAUCUCACCAGGCCAGAGAAGAAACAACACUCCAAAAUCUAACAACAACAACGUACCAGGGGAAGAUGCGGGGCAUUCGCAAAGCCAGAAUGCUGCUGAUGGGGCAAACCAGCAUGAUGGAAAACUCCAGAAUGGCAAAGGGCCUUCCUCAACCACUGCUGAGGGAGAAACUGAAGGUGAUGAUGCAGCAAGGGAGAACUGUACUCCUGGAGAGGAGAAGGAAAGCUCCAAUGACUCAACAUCUGGCAGUGUGGUUGCUUCCAACCAGAAGGAUGAGGAACCAGCACCAUCCACAGCCAACUCCAGUCUCGAGACAAACCAGCCAAUCACACGUCAGCGAGCCAAAGCAGGGGGCUCCAAGCUGACAUGCAUUAAGAUCAAGACUAAAUCACCCAAAGGUGACUGCUACACACCAUCUAAUGCCACUGUUGAGAUUGUCCCAACCUCAGAGCGGCAGAACCAUGUGGCUCGGAAGAUUGUGAAGAUGACUAAGCAACCUCCAAACAAGAAGAAGAAAGCAGCGCCAUCACGGGAGAAAAAAGUUACCCGCACCAUAAUGGCCAUCCUGGUAGCGUUUGUUGCCACUUGGACUCCUUACAACGUGAUGGUGCUUAUUAACACGUUUUGCUCUAGCUGUAUCCCCAACACAGUAUGGACUAUUGGUUACUGGCUAUGCUAUAUCAACAGCACCAUUAAUCCGGCCUGCUACGCCCUGUGCAAUGUCACAUUUAAAAAGACAUUCAAACAUCUUCUUCUCUGCCAAUAUAAGAAUAUUAGGUCAGCCAGAUAAACACAGAUCGCUUGGGAGGAACCACAGAUGGAUGAGUCAUGUGUCUAUGAUUGUGUGUUUGUGUGUGUCAUCCAUGAACAUGUGUAUCUGUGCAUAUGAAAGAGGUUUGUAAGCAUCAUAAAGACUGCAAGGGUACGUUUGCAUCAUUCAGUCAUUAGUUUUCCAAAUUCUCUCAAUAACCGGUUGUAGCACUUUACACAAAUUCAACUGAAGCCAGUUGCAUUGAGAUAUGUUUUGCAGAAACAGUGUAGAUAAGAAAGGUUGUGAGGUAAACAAAAAAGGGUUACUGAAUGCUUAAAAAAGAAAGGGGGUCGGGGGGUGUAAAGCAGGGAAAAGGAACUGAUCCGAUGAAAAAUGAACAAAGGUAAAGAGCAGAGGAAUAUCUGUGCUAUAAGAAAACACAAGAAAUCUUCAAAAUGGGAAAAUAGGGCUGACUGAAUUUACAAACAUCAGAAGUUUGAAGUUCAGAAAAGAUACCUGUAGAUAACUGUAAAUAUCACUAUGUAAUUAUGUGUGUGAGUGCAGAAGUAGGUGCGUGCUGGCUCUGCAUUUGUGUGCACACUUGUGGCCCUCUGCCUGCCUUCUUUCUGUGAUCAUCAUCAUGACACCUCCAAUCACUCACAUAAGGACUCAAAGAGUUCCUAUUUAACAAUGAGCCCCUGUGGAAAUGAGUUGCCAUUAAUACAUGAUACUUACAUAAGACUUUUAAUGUUAAAGUUGCUCUUGGCAAGUUUGCACACUGGCAGGAACAGAUCCCAGUCAGAAAUAAUGUUGAGCUUAUAAGAUAGUUUGGCAAAGUUUUUUUGUUCUUUUUAAGAAUAAAAAUUGUACAUUUAAAAAAAAAAAAGCAUUUAAAAUCCACUGAAGCAGCUGAUAAAGAUUGAAAAUACUCAACAGCAAAACUUAAUUUGAACCAGUCAGAUAAAUCCAUUAUUCUGCUAAUUGAGGAUGGAUCCCCAUUGAGGAUGUAAAUAUGCUCAUUCACUUCAGUGAUGGAUGGGAAGACUAUUAGCACUCAUGUUUGUUGAGAUGAAAAUGGGACCAGGAGACAGUUGCUGUAGCUUAGUGUAGCAUAAAUAAUGGAAACAAGGGGGAAAUUGCUGAUUAACAUGCUCUGUCAUUUAAUCUGCACAAAAAUGUAAAUGCAAACUGCAACAAGGAGGAAGAGCUUCAAGUAGAGCGCUUGCUUCUUCAAAUUGAAAGAAAUCACUUGAGCUGGUUUGGGAAUGCCCUGCAGACCCCCAGAAAGGUUCAAGGUAAUCACCAAGGCGAGCAAGAUCUGCACAAUUUUGAGUUGACUGCCAUUCAUCCUGGAUCCAGAUAAGAGGUAGAAAAUGGAUCGGACUGGAUGUACAGAACAACGUGAUGUUUUCUGAAGGUAUAUGUAUGAUACUACCUGUUUGUUUUUGUCUCGGGGCAGUGAUUUUUGUCUUGCUGUCAGUGUGAGGAAGUCACUGCACACAGCCAAAGAGUAGUCUCAAAGAGUAGUCUGUCAUAUACCAUUACAAGGGAUAACUAAAAGGCUGUAGCUGAAAGGCAAACAAACAGACCCAACUGCAGUAGCUAUAAAUAGCUAUAAAAAAUAAAUUAAAAAUGUGGCAUAGCUUGUUCAGUCGCUCUUUUGUCGCUCAUGACAGCUAUGAAGAAAUGUGUUUUUGCUGUCAAGAUAUUCGCCGCUGAAAUGAAACGUCCUUCUCAGUGAGUGAAACAGGUGGUUGGAGCUCAGAGCUGUUUUUUAUUACCGUCUGUGGGAAGGCACUUUGUGUGUGCACAUGAGUGGGAGACGUCAUCUGAUCAUGCUGAUUAGUGGAUUGAUGUCACAGCGUGCUCUGUACUGUACUGAUGAUGAUUGCGAUUGUGAAGACCUAGGUGUGUGUGUGGGGUACACUUGUGUGUGGGUGUAUACAUGCGGAGUUUGUCUGUGCACUCCAUGAGUGGAGUUUACUUCUGAUCACAGGUCAUAGACUCGUGAUUUUUCUUUUUUUAAAAAGGGCUAUUUACAUCUUUUGUGUUUUGUGACCUUUUUUAUUUUACUACUGUUCAAUUAUUAUAAACACACACACUCAUAUACACACACGUACACUUGUGUUAAUGAAAUGAAAAAUGGAGAAAAAUAUCUUAUUCCAGCACAACAUGUUCUGUGUGCUCAUACAUGUCAUCCAUCACUUAAGCCUCAAGAUCCUCAUUUAUAGUAAUGUGCGCUCACCAGUUGAUCUGAUUAAUACGCAGGAGAAAUUGCCACGAGGAGGUUGCCACAUUGGCUGGUAGGGGGGCUUUUUUUGUAAAGAAUUACGCCUGCACCAAAUAGCUACUCAAGGCUGUCUCCUUAAAGAGAAAUCUGGGACAGAUCCUAUAAUGAAAACUCACCAUGAGGCUGAUCAGAUUAUGGGACGAUGUGGAACACCUACAUUUGAGAUUAAAGAUUGCCCAUUAUACGCUCAGCUUGCUACAAGCCCAUGCCCCACUUAGUGCUCCACUCAACCCUGAUCCUGUUAUAGUCUCUUACUCUUUUAAGGCCAUGAAUGUAAUGUACAUAUAAAUAUAUAUUUAUAUAGUCAUUAUCAUAUAUUAUUUCAUUGUAUUUUUCAUUUUUCUCAAUGUAUCACCUUACUUCCAGCUACUACACCACUGAUUUAUGCUCUGUUCAUUUCAAAUCAGUCCAUAUAUAUAUUGCAGAUUCACCAUAUUUCAAGGUGCUUUAUACUUUAAGGUAAAAAGUUAAUAAUCCACUAUGAGCAUACGCUUGCUGGGGAAGAAGAACUGCAUUUCAAAAGGAGAGACUUCAAGCAGCAGUAUGCAUUCUGCCACGAUCAAGUGGGGAAAGGGGGAAGAGAUUAAACAAGAAGGUCAAAGCACAAAAUUACAGUGCAGAGGAGAGUAGUGAAAGUUUGGAGUUACUGUCUUUUAUGGAUACUUCUAUUCAAAUGACUUUCAGAGACAUUAGAAGGUUAGAAAUAAUGAUAUUUAGUUCAAAUUAUAAUUUGCCUUUCAUCAAAGAAUCAUCAAUUUUCACAUUCUCGCAGGCAUUUGACAAUCUAGUGGCCAGUUUGCCUAGUUAAUCUGGAAAUGUGUUACACCCCAUGCUCCUUGAAGCAACCCUCACAAGUUAGAUUGACUUGAUGGCACUGUUUAGGUGUCAUACAGUCAAACUGUUCCUGCAGCUGCUCAGCAGGUCUGGGAUCCAGUGAUUUUGCUGGACUCUGCAUCGUAGACAGAACACCCGCUGACUGCCUCUAUUCUCGAUGAAGUGAUUGCCUGCCUUGCCCAGAAAAUCCUCACAGUUCUUUCAGCAUCCAUGAAAGAUGGCAUCAAGGGCUCCCACAGCAUCUUUCCAUUUGUUCUGCAUCUUCUAAAUCUUCUUCUUUUUCACCAAGACACCUGAACCAUAACGCUCUGAUAUAGGUCAUGGUGUCUUAGUGGUGCAUUCAUAUGUAUUUAUCUUUUAAUAUUGGCACAAAAUGUUUUGUCAUUCUUUUAAAGUUCUCAGUAGAAAUAUAAAGUAGUAUAAAACGGAAAAAAAUUAAACCACCUCAGAAUUUUACUUUUGAAGUUUGAGCAACAGAAGGAAAAAAAAACAUAAACCCAACUGGUCCAUAUUUAUCUAAACACCUCCAGCAGGAACUCAGACGUCCAUCAGAGCAGCCAUCCUUUUCGAUGAUAAGUGGAGCCAUGUCUGUCUGACAUCUGUCACACAUCUUAGAAGUGAGUAAAGAGCCUUCCAGAAUAACUGAUUAAUCUUUGCUAAGCUGUCGUUUGAGUGAUACCAGCAGGAGACUAAGUGGCUCACAGCUCAAGUGGUGGUCUAGGGGUCUCAGCUUGAGCAGCUGCGUAGGUGUUUGAUGGAAAGCGAUGGCAGUUUAUCACCUCCUGGAGCGGGAAAAGGGCAAAAUGCAUCCAACAAAACAAAUGUGUGUAUUUGAACAUUAGGGCCAUUAAGCCAUUUCACUCAUCCUGGUCUUGUUGCCAAGUUGUCAAACACUUGAGAACUAAAAGAUGUUCUUGUAUUAGGGCUUGACUGGAAAUGGUCAAAGUGUGUGGGGGUUAGGUGAGGAAUGUACCCUUAUGACAGAGAGAAAGUGCAACACGUAGUGACAGUGAAAGAGUACAGCUGUCAUCCAUAUAACGGAGAAAGCAAGCUGAUGGCUCCAAGGUGUUCUUUGUACAUGUGAAACAGCAGAUAAUCGUGGUUACGAGAGGGGCUGAGUGAGACAUAGAAAGGGCGGAGACAGUAGGGUCUGUUCAGUGACAAAAUCCAAAGCUAGAGGAUCACACUGCAGGUGGACCAUGUUUGGAGAAGUCCCAGUAAUUCUCGGCAGGUCAGCCAAAGGUUUUCCUGCAAGAAUUUUAGUGUCCCGGUCCCAAACCUGCCACUGUAUGUAAACAGAGUGACACGGCACCGUUUACUGUUGCUCCUGUGCUUUUAUUUCAUCUCAUUCUCAUGCCGUGCAAACGCAAUUCAUAGUUUCUCACUGUUUUCAAGCAUUUUAGCUUUUAUCAGUGAUUUCAAAUGCAUUUAUGCUCACAUACGUAUCUUGAUGUCCAUGACCAAAAUAAACAUAGUCUCUCUCUCUAUAUUGUAAUAGUCAUCAUAUCAUGUUGUGCCGUCAGAGCUAGCUGGGCUCCUGUCCAUACGGCUUAUGUCAAAGGGCUACAUUCCUUUUUUAAGGAGUACAUGUGACACGCAACGUUUAUCAGAGACAACUUUAAAUUUGAGGUUUCUCUGGCUUCACUCUUGGGGCCGUUGCUGAGAAUAAUCUCAACAGUCUUGUGCAACCAAGCAGAUACGAAGACGCAGCAGCUUGUGCAUGCUGUGAGAUUUUAUUCAGAGACCGAAAGUUUAUAUCGCCGGAUUGUACAGAGCAAUUUGAAGUGCCUUAUCCAGAAUGACAUAAACAAAUUGCUCUUUUAUCCUAAAAUCCCUGUUGCUUCUUCGGAGUGUCUGGCCUGAAAGUUGUGGAUUGUGCUUCUGUUGCACAUUAAAGAGCGUGUUUUUCAGCCUUCCUGAUUUUAUUUAUUUAUUGAUAUUAUUUUGCCAGCUCUGGGCUACCAUCACUAUAAUUUUUACGUUAACAGCCUGUUUCGACUGAACAAGCUAAAGAAUUGAAAUGAUGUCGAAAUAUCCACAGCUAAACCAGUUUGCAGGCACAGUGGGCGUUUUUUAGUGGACUGCCAAUCCUUUAUGUAUGUAUUCUAAAUCGUCUUCAAAGGCUUUGUACUUUUACAUGCAAAACCUAUGUGUGUGUCAUUACGUUGAGAUCAGGGGUCAUCAUUCAUUUGUGUGUGUGUGUGUGUGUGUGCAUGCACCUUGCUGUGUGGUGGUUUAUUUUUUUUCUAACUGGCAUCCUCAGCAUGAACACAUCAGACUGGAUAAAAUAUCAUAACGCACAUCAGGGCAGAUUCAGGCAUUACCUAUUUCUUUGUCAUCACUUCUUUCUCUUUAAACAGUCUUUAAAUCUUUAAAUCAGUCUUUAAAAGUCUUUCAACAGCAAAAAGCUUCCAAAGACUCACUGAGACACAGAAUCCCAUGGAAGAGAUAUGAUAUACAUACAUUUUCUAUCACAUUUUGUAAAUCUGAACCUUUUAUCAUUGUACAAAGUACAAAUAUAGUAUUACAAAUUAGAACUUGAUCAGUGUACAGCCAGGGUUUUUUUUUUGGUUAAAAAAUGAUUAAUAAAAAUCUAUAAAGAUGUGAAUAUUAUAAACUGUGUUUCUAAGAUUAUAUAACUGCAAAGGUAGAAGGUAUAAAUAUGUGCAUUUCUGGAAUGCGUCAUUUGAAGAAAUGGAUUCUUGCCUUGGGAACCGAGUGACUGAAUCCAAACUUUUACACACUGGAAAACGUUCCAGGGGAUUUGAAGAAUGACUUAUGCAGCCAGAAAGAGGGGAAAAAAAAGAGCAAUCCCCAAGAAGGGAAACCGAGGAUGGGGACAAAAGCUAAAACUAGUUUCAGUGUGGCCGAAAGCUCCGAGGCAAGGGUUUCAUUUUGAUUUCACCUGUAAAUUUAUAAGGCUUCACACUUACCUUGAGAAGAAGGUGGUUCACCUGCUAUCUUGCUAGACACACUUUACAACUUUUUGCAAUUUUAACAUCAUGGGAAAAAUGUGUUCUGUAAAAAAAAAAAA